AUGUCCCAGACGCAACACCGAUCGCACGUGGCUUCAGGUGUGAACGGAGAUCAUACCGACCAUGGAAAAAUGACGAAGAACGACCUCGCAAAACUUGUAGCCGUACCUAACAUUGCGCCAAGGCAGCCAUCUGGACCGGGGCACUGGAUUUCGCCAGCAACGGGACUACAAACCUCUCAAGAGACAGGAAAUCAAGAGUAUGAUGUCUAUGCGACACCUUUUGUCCCCCCUACUCUACGAUCGAUCAAUACUGAGAUGGCGGCCAUUGUAUCAACAAGACCAAGACAUCGGAUCGAUUUCGAACAGUAUUUGCAGACCUUCAUCGGAACAAGCUUCCUACCUACACCACACGCGGAGGUCAAAGAAGAAAAGGCCGGAUCAGCAACAGAUUCCCUUACAUCGCUUAAUGAGUCUACAUAUUUUCAACACUUUGCUACAGUGGCCGCCAUCGAGUGUGCGGCGAAAGAAGUAGAGAACGAAAGAUAUGCGAUGUAUCGAGUCAAACUCUGGCAAUCACCUCCAACCGGGGACCUAUGGAGUUUGUUGGUGCCAGGACUAAGGGAAGAUAGUCCACACGUUGAGAUGGGCGACGUGCUACAGAUACGUCAAUUGUGUGUUGACGGAAGAGGAGCUAUGAUGCCCAUACCGAUGUAUGUGGACGACUACCAAUUCGGAUACAACGGACAUCCUCCAGUCACCUUCAGGUCCUGGACGGGCAUACAGCACGACGCUGCAGUGUUUGGUAUCAGUCGUGCGCAAGAAACAGUCUACAUCAAAGCGGAUGGCCUCGGCAUGCCGGACUGUAGAAUGCCGCCAAUGCCCAUGUUCGCUAACGUUAUCUUUCCACUCAAAUUCGAUAUCAUCAAGAGCCAGCGAAGAGCUUUGAUGUAUAUCAGCUCUGAACUUAAGCAAACCAGCCUAUGUCAAUUUCCAGGUGAACCUGUGCCUUCGAGCCGUAUGCUGAACCACUUUGGCGAAUCGCCUGGUGCCAAGUAUGCAACGCCCGAAAUAGAAGGCACAAAGACCAAACCUCACGAUUUCUAUAACGAUUGGAGCCGCCGAAUACUGUUUUCUGAAGAGGUGCAUGGAGCACGUCAAACCACACUGCGCAACGUUCCACGUCGCAAGCUAUUCGACAGCGCCAUUAACUAUGAGCAAGCCCAUGCCGUCAACGAUAUAUGUAAUAACGCAUAUGGAAAUCUUCCAUACUUGAUCAGUGGACCACCGGGCACAGGCAAGACGAAGACGCUAGUUGAAGCAGUAAUGCAGCUACUAGAAACCACGGACGUUGCGCACCUGCUUGUAUGUGCUCCAUCAGAGGCUGCCGCAGAUACACUCGCUUUGCGACUCAAGAGCUAUCUUACAAGAACGCAGCUUUUUCGUCUCAACCGACCGGGAAGAGCCGACAACGAAGUACCAAAGGAGUUGUUACAGUACUGCCAUAUCGAGAAUGACAUGUUUUAUCUACCGCCGUUCCGAGAGCUCAUGGCUUUCAACGUCGUGGUAACGUCAUGUCAAGACGCCGCAAUUCUGGCAGAAGCAAGAAUGACCAACAACGAUCUCUGGACCAUGCAGAAAACAAUGUUAUCAGCGUUCAAUCCGGAAGAGAAGACACCUAACCCGCCCUUGCACUGGACAGCUUUGCUCAUAGAUGAAGCAGCUCAGGCUACCGAACUGGACGUUUUGCCUGCCAUUAGUAUUAUAUGUCCACCUUCGUUGUACCCGAAAUCAUCGCCUCAACCACGCUUUGUUAUGGCAGGAGACGAGAACCAACUCGGCCCCCGAACAGCAUCUCGCGACAUCCGAGUAACCAUGUCCCUGUUCGCCCGCCUUUUCAAGCGAUCACUAUACGAAGGCCACCCUCUCUCACGGUCAAAGAUAAAGCCGUCAUCUGGCCCACCGGUUCUCAAACAAUCCAUGUUGCCUAUCACAUACCCGCCAUUCACAUUGUUGGUGCGAAACUACCGUUCCCAUCCCGCUAUCCUUAGCGUGCCAAGUGCUCUCUUUUACAACGACACCUUGAUCCCCGAGGCUGCGAUACCUAAUACACCACUCCAACAGUUUAAUCUCUGGCGCGGUCGUAAGUGGCCUGUUCUAUUCAUCCCACAUGCAGGACCUGAUGAGAAUGAAUACGACGGCGGCAGCUGGUACAAUGUCUACGAAGCGCGCAUCGCCUGCAAUAUUGCAAAAACCCUCGUCGUCUCCUCUUCCGUAGAACAGACGGAUGUCUGCAUCAUGUCACCAUUCGCCGCACAAGUCAAACGCCUCCGUUCGCUGAUACGUUCCUCUGAAUAUGGCAACGGCGCAGGUCUGUGGAACGUCAACAUUGGUCCCUUGGAAGCAUUCCAGGGUCUCGAGAAACGUGUCGUGAUACUAUGUACGACACGCACGAGGAAGACGUUUGUCGCCAAAGACAACAAGAUGGGUAUGGGUAUUAUUGGAGGGAAGAGGAAGAUGAACGUUGCCCUCACGCGAGCAAAAGAAGCAUUGUUUGUGAUAGGCAAUCCCGAAGUAUUGGAGCUAGACGAACAUUGGCGUCAGUGGAUGGCGUUUUGCUCGAGGAAUGGGUUGGUUAGUGACGACAAGGGCGUUUGGACAGGAAGUAAAGAAGAACCGGACGAGUCGAAAAUUGGUGUGCUUGAGAGGGCACUCAUAGCGAAAGAAGAGCAAGGCAAAACCAAUGGCAAGGUUCUAGGUCCUGCUCAUGACACGAACGCAGACUAUGAUGCCUGGGUAGAAAGCCUGAGGGAGACGCUUGAAGAAGAAGGAGGGGAGGAGGAGAAUAAAACACAGGAAGCGGCUGCCUCGGAUCCACACGAAGGACGAUGUUUACGGCUUGAAUCAUCAACCUACUGA